GGGAUGUCCAGAGCCCGCGGCCUGGCGGAGCCUCGGUAACCCCGUACCAUGCGGCCUUCUGGCGCUCUCGCCGCCCCGGGCUGUCCUGCUAGUUUCUCGCUCCCUCGGUUGCGGCGGCUUCGUCUCUCUCGUGCGCGACGCUCGGGGCUGAUCGAAAGCAGGCCUAAGCGUCCGCCUGGCGCGGGCCCCGCGGGGACACCUCUUCGAAGCCCGCGAGGAGCGAGCUCUCCUUCCUCCACUAAGAGCGGAAAAUGAGCAAAUCACAGGAGCAAGUGUCAUUCAAGGACGUGUGUGUGGACUUUACUAAGGAAGAGUGGUGUCUGCUGGACCCCACUCAGAAGAUACUGUACAGGGAUGUGAUCCUGGAAAAUUACAGUAACCUUGUCUCAGUAGGGCAUUGCAUUGCUAAGCCAGAAGUGAUCUUCAAGAUAGAGCAAGGGGAGGAGCCCUGGAUAUUGGAGAAGGGAUUUCCAAGCCUCUAUAACCCAGAAAGGAAAUGGAAAGCUGAUGACCUUUUAGAGAGCAGCCAGGAAAAUCAAGGCGAACAUUUUUGGCAGCUCAUAUUCACCAGCAACAAAACAGUAAGUGUGGAAAGUGGUAACAGAGUUCGGAAAAUUUUCAGUCUGGACACAAACACAAUUUCUUCAAGAAAUUUUCCCUUCAAAAUAUGUGACUCAUGUGAAAUGAGUUUGAAAAAUAUUUCAGGCUUAAUUAUUAAUAAAAAAAACUAUUCCAAAAAGAAGCCUGAUAAGUUUAAUAUAUGUGAGAAAUUACUCUUUGAUAUUAGGCAUGAAAAAAUUCCUAUUGGAGAGAAGUCUUAUAGAUACAAUCAAAAAAGGAAUGUCCUUAGUCAUCAGGAUUUCACUCAACCAAUUUUUGAUGAACCUUUUGAAUAUGAUGAAAACAGACCAGAAUUUCUUGAGCAAACAACCUUUUUUACAAAUCAGAAGUCCCAAAUAGGAGAGCCACUCUGUAGAUACACCAGAUGUGGAAGAGUGUUCAACAGUUUAAAGCUUGAUAUAUCACAGAGAACUUGUUUGGAUAUGGAGCCACAUGAAUGCAGUAUCUGUGGGAAAGUCUUUUAUAUGGACUUACAAUUUGAACAUCAGAGGGCUAUUACAGAGGUCAGUCCUUACGAAUAUAAUGAAUAUGGGGAAAUCUGUGACAAUUCAACUUUCAUUACCCAUCAGGGAGCUUACACAAGGAAGAUUUCCCAAGAAUAUAAAGUGAAUGACAAAAUGUGGGAAAAGUCAAUCCUCUUUAAACAUCAGAUAGUACACUCAGGGGAAAAACCUUAUGAGUACCAUGAAAAUGGGAAUAAUUUCAGCAAGAAGUCACAUUUAACCCAAUCUCGGAGAGGUCACUCAGGAGAAAAAACUUUUGAGUGUGGUGAAUGUGGCAAAACUUUCUGGGAGAAGUCAAACCUCACCCAGCAUCAGAGAACACACACAGGAGAGAAGCCCUAUGAAUGCUCUGAAUGUGGGAAAGCCUUCUGCCAGAAACCACACCUUACCAACCAUCAACGAACACAUACAGGAGAGAAACCGUAUGCCUGCAAGCAGUGUGGAAAAACAUUCUGUGUGAAGUCAAACCUCACUGAACACCAGAGGACACACACGGGAGAAAAACCCUAUGAGUGUAGUGCAUGUGGGAAAUCCUUCUGCCAUAGAUCAGCCCUGACUGUCCAUCAGAGGACACACACAGGAGAGAAACCCUUUAUAUGUAAUGAAUGUGGGAAGUCCUUUUGUGUGAAGUCAAACCUCAUUGUACAUCAAAGAACUCACACAGGGGAGAAACCCUAUAAAUGUAAUGAAUGUGGGAAGACCUUCUGUGAAAAAUCAGCUCUUACUAAACAUCAAAGAACUCACACAGGGGAGAAGCCCUAUGAAUGUAAUGCAUGUGGGAAGACCUUUAGUCAGAGGUCAGUACUUACUAAGCAUCAGAGAAUUCACACAAGGGUGAAAGCUCUUCCAAUAUCCUGAGUGUUCAGAAGCUUUCAAACAUCUGUCAGAUUUACUGUACAGUUUUAAAAAUGAGAGCAAAAGCCAAAGAAUGCCACAAAGUAUUAGAAAGUGACAUCUCAUUUAAAUGUGAAAGCUUUCAAGAACAGUAACUUUUCAUUGGAAAAUUUGUACUCGUCUAUUCAUUUA